UUUCAGUCACUCCCCACUCACUGUAACCCAUGUCUGAAGAUGAUGUUGCCGCACUGGUGGUGGACAAUUGCUCCGGGAUGUGCAAGGCUGGCUUUGCAGGGGAUGACGCCCACAGAGCUGUGUUCCCCUCCAUCGUGGGGCGGCCUCGACACCAGGGUGUGAUGGUGGGAAUGGGUCAGAAAGACAGCUACGUUGGGGAUGAAGCCCAGAGCAAGAGGGGCAUCCUGACCCUGAAAUACCCAAUUGAACACGGGAUUGUGACCAACUGGGAUGACAUGGAGAAGAUCUGGCAUCACACCUUCUACAACGAGCUGCGAGUGGCCCCAGAGGAGCACCCUGUCCUCCUCACAGAGGCUCCACUCAAUCCCAAAGCCAACCGGGAGAAGAUGACCCAGAUCAUGUUUGAGACCUUCAACACCCCAGCCAUGUACGUUGCCAUUCAAGCUGUGCUGUCCUUGUAUGCCUCUGGCCGCACCACUGGCAUUGUGAUGGACUCUGGGGACGGUGUGAGUCACACUGUGCCCAUCUACGAAGGCUACGCCUUGCCACACGCCAUCCUGCGUCUGGACCUGGCUGGCCGGGAUCUCACUGACUACCUGAUGAAGAUCCUGACCGAGCGUGGGUACUCCUUGACGACCACGGCCGAGAGGGAGAUUGUCCGUGACAUCAAGGAGAAGCUCUCCUAUGUGGCCCUAGAUUUUGAAUCUGAAAUGCAGACGGCCAGCUCCUCCUCAUCCUUGGAGAAAAGCUACGAGCUCCCUGAUGGUCAAGUCUUCACCAUAGGCAAUAAGUGUUUCAGCUGUCCAGAAACCCUCUUCCAACCCUCCUUCAUUGGGAUGGAAUCUGCUGGGAUCCAUGGAACCUGACUCUCAAUGACCUGA